AUGCAGGAGCCGUCAGAAACAGCACAUUUGCAUAUGUACCAGCAGGCAGCAGCUGCUGGGUUCUGCACUGCAUCAUUAGCACUCUUCACGGAGCUGCAAAUAGUGUUUGAGAUGAUAUCCAUCGGAACCCUGCUGGUCUUCUACCUGGUCGCCAACGCACUCAUCUACCACCGGUAUGUGAAGAUCGGCACAAACCGGCCCCUGCAUGUCCUCCUCUUCCUGCUGCUCCUCACGCUGAGCUCUCUCGCCUUUUCCCUCUCGAGGAAGAUCGACGGGUGGUGCCGGUGGGGGAUGACGCUGUUUGGGGGAAUCUCCAUAGCAAUCACCACCAUCUUCCACUGCACAGCACGGCAGGACAUCACUGGACCCCCAUUGGAGUGGUCGGUCCCUCUAAUGCCAUGGCCUGCUGCUGCAUCUGUCUUCCUGAAUGUGUUCCUGAUAACCACUCUCAAGGUGAGAUCAUACCAGAGGUUCGGCAUCUGGAGCCUUGUGAUCAUAGUUUUCUAUGUCUGCUAUGGGGUGCACUCCACAUACUCUGCAGAAGAAAAUGAGAUUGUCAAUGCAAUGAUCCAUCACGCAAAUCUGGACAUAUCUUAG